UAAUUACUGUCUGUAUAGGCCCAGGUUGUUCGUCUCUUGCAUAUGGAGCAAUGCAAGAGCUAGGUCCAUUUCGCGUGCGUAGCGAUGGCAAAACACUUUUCAAAAAUAAAUUUUCUUGGAAUUAUGCUGCUAAUGUUCUGUUCCUUGAGUCACCUGCUGGGGUAGGAUAUUCUUACUCCAAUACGACAUCGGAUUAUGAUAAAAUGGGAGACAGAAUCACUGCAGCAGAUAAUUAUUUGUUUUUGGUUAAUUGGCUAGAGAGAUUUCCUGAGUACAAGAAUCGUCCUUUUUAUAUUUCUGGAGAAAGUUAUGCUGGGCAUUAUGUUCCUCAACUUGCACACACCAUUCUUCAUCACAACAAAAAGGCUAAUAGGACCAUUAUCAACCUCAAGGGGAUCAUUAUUGGAAAUGCAGUAAUCAAUGAUGAAACAGAUGAACGAGGAAUGUAUGAUUACUUUGCAACACAUGCACUCGUUCCGGACAGAGUUGUGUCUCAAAUACAAAAAUACUGUGAUUUCUCACCCAAAGCCGGCAAUCAGUCAAGUGAAUGCAAUGCAGCCGUUGAUGCAGUCGACCCGAAUAUUGACAACAUUAAUAUCUACAACAUCUAUGCUCCCCUCUGUUUUUCUACCAAUGUCACAGCCCGGCCCAAAAAAGCUUCUAUACUAAAUUUUGAUCCAUGUAGCGACUAUUAUGUGUAUGCUUAUCUAAACCGACCUGAUGUUCAAGCAGCCAUUCAUGCCAAUGUAACUAAACUUACACAUGACUGGGAGCCAUGCAGUGAUAUCAUUGGUAACUGGUUAGAUAGCCCUUCGACCAUCCUUCCCCUUCUCCAAGAGUUCAUGGCCAAUGGUCUCAGAGUUUGGGUUUUUAGUGGCGACACUGAUGGAAGGAUACCUGUUACUUCAACAAAGUACUCUCUAGACAAAUUGAAGCUUCCUGUGAAGACUAAUUGGCAUCCUUGGUUCCUCAUGGGAGAGGUUGGUGGGUACACAGAAGUGUAUGAGGGAGACCUAACAUUCGUGACAGUGAGAGACGCAGGGCAUCAAGUGCCAAGCUUCCAGCCAGCCAGAGGACUUUCUUUGAUCAAGCACUUCCUUGAUGGCACACCUCUUCCAAACAGAUCAGGUGUCGGAGAAGAUACUCUCAAAGGGGCCUAAAGUUGGCAGACUCUUUCCAUUGCAAUUUUCUAUUCCUAGUAGUUUAUCUUUGGCUUGUAUGACAGUUAAUACUCCGAGUAAAGUAUGACACAAACGUUUGGGCCAUCCAAACUCUGUUAUU